UAUCUCUUAAGAUAGCACCUGUGCUGAAUGUACCACACUCUAGUGUCAGCAAGGAACAGCCUUAUAUAAGAGGCUGUAACAGAGACACUUAAUACCUUUUUCUAUUUUUACUUUUGAAAUUUUGCACAGCUCCCACUAAUCUGAACAGCUAUUUUUUCAUUAUACUGCUUCAUGGUGAGCUUCACCAAUUCAGUUGUUUGGGGUUUUGUCUAACCUUUUAUAUGUUUACUAUAAGCUUGGAAUUACUAUGCUAAGGUUUUCCAAUCCUUUUAUUUAUUGAGAGGAAGGAAGCAAUGCUUUUCAGGUGCACCCAGGUUUUACAGUGAUUCCUUUAAAAGUACUUGAGCAAUUCUUUUGCUUCUUCUGUUGUAACCAAAAACCCUCGUGUUACUGAUUGUCCUUGGCAAUUUCAGUGCUGGCCAUUUUCCUGUAUCUCACCAUUAAGCUUAUAUUAGGUGUUUAAAUGCAUUCUGUGACGUGCUUGUAGUGAGGAUCACUCCAUUAAUAGUUCAUGUGUGUACCCACAGGAAACAACACUGUUCUUUCUGAGCUGGGGUUUGUACCACCCCAUGGUGCUGUUGCUGGGGGGUAAGGGAAGCUCUGUUCUGAUGUGGAGCACACUGGUUAAGAACAUUGCUGCAGAGACCUGUGUGUGAUUGCGUGGUGAGGAAAGAAUUAAACAAAAGCUGACUAGCUGUUCUACCCUCCUAAGUCGGAUUUACAGGAUUUAAGCAGAUCUGCUGGAAUUCCUUGGUCUUACUCCUGUACCUUGUAGCUUAACUAUUAUACCAGCUCCGGGUAUGAUUGCUGUUAACUACUCCUUUUAGGCUUUCACUGUGGAGGUAGCAUUAAUAUUUCAGCUGGUCCUGAUGAACAGUUGUCCUGCCAGUUCAGGAGAAAUAGGUUGAAUUCCAGAGAGCCAGGGACAUUUUAGAAGAUGGCAUUUCUUAUUCAGAAGGGUCAAUACAGGAAAAUCUGGCAAAAUCAAGAGAGACUCUGUGGGAAAUCAUAGACUUCCUGUAAUAGAACUAUGCAUAUAUCAUGGUGAGAAGCUGACUACUGUUAAAUAGCAGAUUUAGAUAUUUACAACUACUUCAAAUUUGCCCGUACAAGAAAGUUCAGGAUGUUUUACCUUAUCUGUCAAUACAUUAGUGAUCUAAACUGCUGUAGCUAUAUUGGUAAAAUUCCCUAUUAGGUCUUCUUCUCCACCAUGGAGAGUAGUCAUGAGAAGCUUUUGAGAGUCUGAGAUCCACCUCUGUAGGAAUGUCAUUACGUGUGUGAUAAAAACAAGGGCAGUCUUGGUAAGAAGGAAAUAGUCCCAAAACAGUACCUGCCAGAGAGGAGACAACUGCAAAAACCACUGUGUCUUCCCAGUCCGUAAUCCUUCCAGAAAGUGAAUACAGGCUUGGACUUCUGUUGCUUUUGGUGUACUGAUCUGUGUUUCCUUUAAAAUUACCUAUUAAAUCACUUUAUUUAGGAAAACUUCGCCUUGACAGGGAGGCAACUUAGAACGCACCAUGAAAAAAAUCCAGCACAGACUUCUGCUAGUGGUGUUGAAUCCUGUGCGCCAGAGGCCUGAACAGGGAGUGUCUCAUGGGAUGGAGUUCUGAAUGAGCAACAACAGCCUCUAAGAAGAAUCAAUGAGAAGAGAUGGGGAGAGAAGCGGCAAAGUGAAAUUCUAAGAUGCUGCGGGGAACUUUGAUCCCUUUCCUCACAUCCUUUUCCCUGCGUAGAAAUGGAAAAGGCACCCCACUCCCUCCGGUGCGGGGCGGCUAGCAUGGGAAAGCAGACCCUGGCAGCUGAACGAGAAUGUGAUGCUUGAAGAACCUUCUGCUCACUUUGUACACGCGGGAUGGAAAUCUCAAAAAUAUUCGGGCUCCUGGUAGAGCUCUCAAGUCUGCUAUCCUGUCUCAGAUGUGUGGAGGCUUUCCUGGGAUCCAAGCCCAACCAAAACCAUUUGCAGAGUGCAGUGUCCAGCCUGUGUGCUCUGGGACCUCUCGGCUACUACAACGGCUCACUGGCAGUCACUGAGUCUGGAGCAGAGUGUCUCAACUGGGCAGAGUUCCCUGAUUAUGUCCAGCAGUACCCAGAUCGUGGCCUGGGGCACCACAACUUCUGCAGGAACCCAGACGGGGGAACGACGCCCUGGUGCUUCUACAGGCUUGUGUCAGGGGCCAUCGGCUGGGCCAACUGUGACUGUAACCAAGGUGCUGUGCGGUUGGCUGAAGACAGUAGUGUGGAGCUGUACUUCAAUGGACUCUGGGGUACCAUCUGUGCUGACCACUGGACUGACUGGGAUGCCAGUGUUGUCUGCAGGCAACUAGGUCUCAGUGAGAUCGGCACAGCUGGGAAGAAGAGUCAUUCUGGACCAUGGCCUGUUCCCCUGCACCUGCAGUCAGCAAACUGCCAUGGAGAUGAGGAAGCCCUGCUGCAGUGUGGCUAUCAGGAAGCUCUGUCAGGAGCUUGUAACCAGGGAAAUGCCGUGGUAACUUGUGUUCCUCCAGAAGGUGUAGGUGCCCCACUUCGUAUAGUUGGGGGAAAGGAGAGCUUUGAAGGGCGAGUGGAGGUUUACCAUGAUGGCAAGUGGGGAACCAUCUGUGAUGAUCAGUGGGAUGACCGGGAUGCUGAAGUUGUCUGUAGACAGCUGGGACUCAGUGGGACCCCAAAAGCCUUGUCAUGGGCUCACUACGGGCAGGGAUCUGGCCCAAUCCUGCUGGAUGAAGUGCAGUGCUCAGGGAAUGAACUCUCCCUUGAUCAGUGCAAGAAGAGUGACUGGGGACAGCAAAACUGUGACCACAUUGAGGACGCUGGGGUCUCCUGUGACCCUUUCACAGAGGGCUCGGUCCGGCUGGCUGGCGGCCGCAGCCCCAGCGAAGGCAGGGUGGAAGUUUACUACAAUGGAGACUGGGGCACAGUGUGCGAUGAUGGCUGGACGGACCUCGGUGCCCAAGUGGUCUGCAGGCAGUUGGGCUUCAGUGGUCCUGCUGCCCUGGCCUCUGAAGGAGACUAUGCUGCUGGCCAAGGCUUCAUCUUACUGGAUGAUGUGGCAUGUGUGGGGACAGAGCUGACUCUCCUGGACUGUCCCCACAGCAACUGGGGGCAGCAUGACUGCUCCCAUGCUGAGGAUCUGGGAGUCCGCUGUUCCCCAGGAAGCAACACAGUCAUGGAUGGCAGCCUGGGGCCUCCUGUGCGGCUGGUGGAUGGAGAAAGCACCAAGGAGGGCCGGGUUGAGGUACUGCUGAAUGGGCAGUGGGGCAGUGUCUGUGACGACGACUGGACAGACAAAGAUGCUGCAGUGGUUUGCAGGCAACUGGGAUUCAGUGGGACAGCAAAAGCCAGGGCAAUGGCUUAUUUUGGCGAAGGCCAUGGGCCCAUCCAUCUGGACAACAUAGAAUGCAGUGGCAUGGAGGACACUCUGGGGCAAUGUGCCACGCCUGACACCAGGAUUCACAGCUGCUGGCACAGUGAGGAUGCUGGGGUGAUCUGUGACUAUGUGGAAGAAAAGGUCCAAGAUUUCAGGAGAACAGGUCCAGAGUCUGGAGUGUGUGGGAUGCGCCUGCUUCAUCGUCGCAAGAAAAGGAUCAUAGGUGGAAACAAGUCUCUGAGAGGCAGCUGGCCAUGGCAGGCCUCACUGCGGCUGAAGGGUUUUCAUCGAGAUACUCGUCUGCUGUGCGGAGCAACCCUGAUCAGCAGCUGCUGGGUGGUGACUGCAGCCCACUGCUUCAAAAGGUUUGGUGUUGAUGUGCGCCGCUACCUCCUGCGCGUGGGCGAUUACCACACAGGUGUGAAGGAUGAGUUUGAGAGGGAGCUGCCCGUGGAGAGGAUUGUCCUGCACAGGAACUACUGGGCUGGCAGCAAUGAUAAUGACAUAGCCCUGGUCCGGAUGCGGGGCAGAGAAGGGCACUGUCUCUCCUUCAAUCACCAUGUUCUGCCCGUCUGCCUGCCUGACAGGAGAGAGAGGUCUGACAUCAACAGGCAAGCCUGCAUCAUCUCUGGCUGGGGAGACACAGGAAAGUCCUAUUCCAGAACCCUGCUGCAGGGGGUGGUGCCCCUUCUCCCACGGGAAGACUGUGAGGCCCGUUAUGGGCGGAAGUUCACCAACCGCAUGAUUUGUGCUGGGAACCUUUCUGAAGAUAAACGGGUGGACAGCUGUCAGGGUGACAGUGGAGGGCCACUCAUGUGUCAGAGGUCAAAUGGACGCUGGAUAAUUUUGGGCAUCACUUCCUGGGGGUACGGCUGUGGUCGGAAGGAUUCCCCCGGUGUGUACACAAAGGUCAGCAAAUUUGUACCCUGGAUCAAGAAAGUGACCAAGCUAAAAUGAAAAUGACUGAGCUCUUGGAAUUUCAGCACGUGGUCCUUUUGCCCUGCAGCAGCAGAAGGCUGUGGCUUCUGGUCUGUGACUGAUGGAGAUUUAUUUUGACAUUGGACACUGGCAAAAGAUUUUCAUGUAGAACUGGAAGGAAAACAGUUAUGACUGAUUCUUUAAAGUCUUUGGUUUCACUUUAGUCUGUAAUCUGUAAGCAGAGAAAGCAGGUACACAGUGAUAACAAUGAUCAGGACACGUUGCUCUGAAUAUCUGACUCCUUUAAUGCAAUCACGCUUUGCCCUGGCACACAGAAAUGUCAGAAGUAGAGAGAUACCUAUUGCUGCAAGUCUAUUCAUGGUUGUAUGUUUGGACAGUUGAAACAUGCUGCAAGGAGAGGUGAAAUGCUUGGAAGAUGGCACCACGUGCUGGCAUAAUGGAAAUCUUCAGAUUCUUUUUUCAUAACAUCUCUCUUCAGUUCCAGGAAUCAGAAGAUUUGACCUGAGUUGAGGAACAGGCCAACAGCUGGGUUUUUUAGCUUCCCUGAUAUGUCUCUAGGGGGAACCUUUUCUCUUCUGAAUAGUAUGUCUGCUCCCAUAGGACCCCUUUCAAGAGUCUGCCUAGGCUAAGAGAUGCUUGUCCCUCCUGCUGUAAUCCUUUGUCACACAUUUCCAGCUGCCAGAUGCUGUGGUUUUAUUGCUGCUUUUUUGCUAUUGUGGUUUGUGUGUGUGUUUGGGCUUUUUUUUUUUUUUUGUUGUUUCCCCUAAGUAGCAUUUUCUAGAUUCAGUUGUUGGUGUGAGAGGCAGUAGCUUUCUUGCCCUCAUGAUUACUAUGAAGAACUUAAAAGACUGACCUCAAGUGGCUGAAAAGACAUGUCAUUUUUCUUAAAUCCAAAUGUAAUGUUAAUCUCAAACAUUCAGGCAUUGAAUCAUGAUUUAACAGCACUGUGGGGACUUACUACUGGUCCCUUAUUCAUCAUAGUUAUUAGCUGACCUUUGUUUAUGCUGCUAGUCUUUAGUAUUUCUGUAUUCACAAUUUUCCAUGAAACAUGGAAUUACUCCUGGGGUAUAGAUACACCUCAGGCAAAUUACUCCUUGUGAAAAACAGUAAGUGUGCUGCAAAGCAGCUUCCCACUUUGGUGAAGUGUGUCCUAUUCUUGAAACCUCUGGGCCAUGCUUCCUUUUUUCUCUUCUUUGCACUCUUUCUCUUUUCAUUCCUCUCAGUGGGAGUAAACUGGAUUAACUUGAGGGAAUGCAAGCACUAUCAUCAAGCUGUAGUUCUCAGCCUGAACAGAUACAACGCUGAGAGAAAGCAGGGGUUAUCGAAUAUUACAAUUUCUUCCUUCUGUCUCAUCCAAACAAAUGAACAGAGUUCCCUCUUAUGCCUUAAGUACUUUUUAAAGUUAAUAUAUUACUCUUGAGUAGUAAAAAAAUGCAAGUAGACAGAAGGGCUAAGUGCCUUAAUAGCUGUGCAGUGCAGCAUCUUCUCACUGUGUACAGAUAAGGCAGAGAGGAGACAGGUCUGUACAGGAGGAGGAGCAAAAAGCUUUGAUGUAUAACCAAGGGCUCAAAUGUGGAGGAUUAAUACAGGAUGGGACACAUGGAACUUGUGCCAGAUGUGCAUGUUUUGGGUAGGCAGUAACUGGGUCAGGCACUGACCUGCUGUCUGGAAGGUUUGCACUCAGGGCAUUGAAAUGUUCAGUACAUGGGUAUUACCAGUGCAAGAGCAGAAGGCAGAGCACAGUCUGUGGAUUUGCAAUGUCAUAUUACAGGGCAUGUGGUGACAGAAUCCUAGAAAUUGCCUUGGGUUCAAGAAGUACUGAUUGCCUAAAGCUUUAAUUUGUCUUCUGUAAAUCAGCUUAAUGUAAAGGUGCUGACCUGACUAGGUGGCUGAUUUUUGUGUGUAAAGGCUAAACUAAACAGUUUCAAUUACCCUUUUCAGGUAUUAUAGGAUAGUUGGACUACCAGUGUUGCAAUGGACUGUUCUAAAAUCCUGCUUGCAAACUUUAUUUUAAUGAAGAAUUGUCAGAAUCUUUAAAACAUGCAAUGUCAGGACUCCUGCAAACUGGCCUUUGAGACAAACCUGAUCUGUUUGUGCUUCUUCUCAAGGUGCUGCAUGUCUUCAGCACAGCUUUGUGCUGAUAACCCUGUUUAAAAUGCCAGACUUGAUUCCUUGGCAGCACUGUGCUUGACUCCACAUGGGUUGUGUUGUCCUAUGGCUCCUGGCAGAGUCUCUAAAAUGCAAGCUGCAGACUGCUCCUUAUCUCCCAGGCAUUAAAAUGCCAAGAGAACCGAGGGCAAUUAUUCACAGACCUCUCAUCUUGUGGGGGAUUAAAUACCAAGUUCUAUACUGGCAGGAGCAGUACCUGUCUGGGAAACACAGAGGGAUUUGACUUUUACCUUCAGCUUCCCCUGAGCCAGCAUGCUACAGCAGCUCAAAUGGAGUUUCUGUGCCUUGAGUGCUGUCACAUCUCUAGUUUAACCUGGUUUGAUCUUUCAGUUUAUACCCAUAACCCCAACAGGCAUAGAAACACCCAAAGGAUGACACUGUGAGGUUAUUUCCCUAAGCUUACUUAGCAAGUGGCCAUUCAGGAGUUAGCAUAAAUUACCAUGUAACACAAGUGAGAUGUGGGCCUGAAAUUCCCAUGUUCUAGUUAAGAAUAUUUAUUUCUCCUAGAUCUUGUCACUAUGACAGCUGUGAGAAUCCUUGUAAUUAACACCCUUUGAGUCCUGCAUGAGCCAGGAGAAGGGAAGGAAGGAUCCAAUCUCCUUUGCCUGCUUUUAUACCUUACUGGUGCUGUAGGCAAGCCUGUCAGUAUUCUCCUAUGUUGACCUGGCCUGUUUCAGGAUACAGCUGUUGCUCUUCACUGUUUAACCUGGGACUGUGGCCCAAAGCAAACUCAUGUGCUUUGCCACUGAGGCUUACUGGAACUGCCUGGUUGGAUGAACAGCACUUAGUCACCCUAGGACUGUAUUUUGUAAAAUUGGACAGCAGCAGAUGUUUCAAAGGAUAGUAUGUAUGAGUUGUGCUGAACAAGUUUUAACAACCUUUCCUUCUGGGGAAUUUUGUUCUUGACCCAUUUAAAUUAAUUACUUGCAUUACUAUUAUCAUCAUUAAAAACAGAAGUACAAAUACUUGAUCCUCUAGGUGCUGUACAAACACUGUGCACUAUUCUUUCGUCAUUCUUUCUUUUUCCUCAAGUGUAAGAAUUUAUAUCCCUAACUUUUAAAAACCAUUUAAUGUAACCAGCCUUCAUCUUCCAUAUAAAUAUUUAAAUUUUUUUGUUUUAAUCUAACAAAGCUCUCAAUCCCAGUAUUUUCUGGCAAUGAAAACCAUUAUAAUUUUAUUCUCCAUAGCACAUAAUUUCUUUUUAUGGUUCCUGAAUUAAUUGCCUUUUGUUUUCAUUAAGUACCAUCUGUCUUUGUGUUCUCAGCCACGAGAGGAAAUAAGGGGCCUGGCUUUAUAUUCUCUGUUACGCAUUAUUCUAGAGGUAGUUCCUUUUCUAACACUGUGGCUUCUCUGUCUCUCUUCAGUUCAAACUGUCUAGGUGUCUGGUAACGUGCUGUCUCUCUGUGUCUUCUCUUUCUGAUGGAUCUUUAAACUUUGGUAAACAACUGAAUGCAGUUUGCCAGGGGAGGAUGGAUCUCCUGCUGAUUAUUUGAGCAGUUUUCUAUAGCAGGCAAUUCUGUAAGUGAUUUCAGUGCUGUGCCUGUAUGCUGGAGCUAGUUUUAAACUUGGUAGUGCGGUCUUGGUGGCAGCCUUGCUUCAAGGGGAUGAAAACCCACUGGGGUUAGCUCCCCAUGUGUCUCAGGUAGGUGCAGCAGUCCCAUUGAGCUCACAGAAAUUGCUGUAGGUCUGUCUGGGGAGCUCUGGGCAGGGAGCACCUGGAGAGCUGUGUAGACCUUUCCCUGUGCUGACAUACAUGGAGGGCUGAGACAGUCCACCUUCACAGCAUUAGCCCAUUGGAUAAGGCUAAUGCAUGUGCACUGGUUCCAGCAGCCGAGAGCUCAGCCAGUGUUGCUGGUGGCUGCACUGUGCCACAUGGAUGCUCUGAGAGAACUUUCCAUGGCAGAGUGGCACAUUGUGGUUGUGUGAGAAAGGGAACAUCACUGUGAGUGACUAGGAGCAUUGGCUGGAGUAGAAACAUGACUACGGUAAGGAUCUAAGGAGCAGCUCUUAGUGCUGCUUCUAUCUUUGAGAGAAUACUGCAGCCCUUCAAAGGCUGCCCCAGUGCUCCAAAGGCUGCCUCAGUACUGGGGUCUUCCUGACCUGCAGUGCCUGCAGUGGUCCUAUCUCAAACCUGUUCACACUUCGGCGACCUGAAGCUGAAUUAAAGAUGUAUCACUUUCUUGUGGCUGAACAUUGUUCUGAUGAUUUCUAUGAAUUAUGUUCUAUGCUAUAAUUUAUCAGGCAGCUGUUUAUUAGCCUGGACAUGUUGUCAAUUAUCCUUGUAAUCUCUGUAAACCUGUAGCAGAAAAUAACAGAUCAGUUUCUCUAAGGUAUGACUGGAGGCAUUGGUGAGGAGCAAGCGAAGUGGGCACUUGCUAUCUCAGGGGUAACAGAGGUAGAUCUGUCUGUCUUCCUUUCUUUCUGAAGCCUGUAUCCUGAAGUCUUUUCACCCCAAAAGAGCUGCAGUGAUUCAUCAACCACUUGAAGAGAGAUUUUUAUGUGUAUAUUCAGCAAUCAGAUGAAAACUUUGGGGAGAUGAAACUACACAGUGGUAUUUAACACUAUCUUGAUAGACUUACUGGGAGUUUCUUACAGUUAGAACAGAAUCACCUCUGCUGGUAACCAAGUUGGGACUCCUCCUUGUAGAACAAGGCACUGUGACCUGGACUAAUGCACAUCUCCUGGGCUGCGUUUUUCCUUGUUUGGAAAAAUAUUUAAUUUUCCACAUCAGAAACUUGUUUGUGUAGUAGCCCACUCAAGUCCUAUUAAAAUCCUUUUCUACUAAGGGCUGAGUACCUCUGAAAUCAGUCAAGUGCCAAAGCUGUUCUGUCCCCUGGAUCACCACCAAUGGCUCACAAGAUAUGCUAAUAAAUGGUUAUACUGUGACUGUGUGGGGCUCUUUCUUAUUUUUAAUAAAGGAAUCUGUUCCAAGGGCAGAUUUUAAGGUUUUUUCAGCACUGAGUUAAUUAAAUUUUUCUAUUAACAUUAUUUUUUUUAAAAGCUUCAACAUGCUAAAGCAUGUCACAAAGUCAGCAUCAUGUUAGCUGCCAUUACAACGAAAGGCAACAAUUCUUCAAAUGUCACAUUUUUUGCCAUUUGGAACAGGUAAAGAGCAGGUCAGCUCAUUGCAUUUAAAGUUAACAGGCUUUAAUACGUUAGCUUUCUAAUUUGUCAUUAAAGGUGAUCUUCCUAUACAAACCUGUUCGGCAUGACUUAGUCUCAUUUUGGUCUACAAUUCACGUGUCAUCACUCUUAAGAAUCAAAUCCAGCCUCUGGAAAAGUGGAAGUGGGAUAAGGGAAAUUCAGUUUGAGUGAGCCAUUGGUUCAAGAACACUGUUAUACUCUACCCCUGUGCCCCACCGAUGAAACCUGAAUUUCUGUAAAAAAAGUCUGUUUCGAAACAUGGUCCAGCUCCUUGCAAGGUAUGCAAUGACUUUUCCAAGUCAUUAGGGUUAGACUGAAGCUUGGUGUAGCUGAUGCUUUCAGACUCCAAGAAUUACAGUGUGUAAGUUUUUGAAUGUACUGACUCCAGCCUGCUGUUGGAAACCAACAUGCACUCACUGAACAAAGAACUGCUUGUAGUUAACUCUUUCCUCACUUCAUGUCUGCCUUUGGGGUUUUCUACACCUGCCUACAUUUCCCUUCUUGCUUGUGCAAAACUGGGAAGCGGAUUUCAGGCAUUUUAGUUGGUCUUCCAUGGGUCAGCAAGCACAGUUUCAUCCCAUCAGUCUUGCAGGGCUCUUCCAUAGUCACUGCCUGGAAAAGAAACAAUGUUGAAGCUGUGGUUAAAGUUACAAGUCUGUCAAAGCCAUUUUGUAUUAAAGCACUUGACUACUGCCUUCCUGCGGUGAAAAGGCUGGGGAUGAGUGUGUGGCAUGAGCUUAGUUGUUUCAGAUGGGCUACUCUUAGGACAUCUUUGGAUUUUGAAAUUGAAAUAUGAAUGAGGAGAAAACUGAGCUUUACUUCAUGUGGUUUUCUAACUAGGAUAGCUACCACAUUCAUUGGGAGAGAGGAAGAGGGGCACUCAGGUAUCACCACUGACAUUAAAAAAAUUCUUACUUGGGUACAGUUUCCCCUUUCUAGUGGAGGGAGACAGGAUACUGCUCAAAUUGCCUUGGUGUGCUGGGCUGAGUCUUGUGCUGCUCUUAAACUGGCCUGUUUAGAAUGGGUUCUUGGCAUUGGUAGGAGGUUUCUGUGGAAUUCUGUUCAUGUGCAAAAGUGAAAACAGGAAGCAGAGCCAGCAAAAUAUGGAUGGUCCAGCUGGAGUAAUUUAUGUUUGGAAAAACCUUUGGAUUUAAGAUGUGCUGAUGGAGGACAGAUGUAGGACAGAAAAAUUCAAACAAAUUGGUGAAACCCAGUGCACCACUUGAUCUUCUCCUCCAUGCUUUUCAAAUCCCACACAUUCUGCCAGAAAGAAAGGCACUGUUUUCUUUGCAGAUUUUCAAAACUAGCUGUCACCUGAAAGGAAUAACCAACUUCUUUGGAUCAGCUUUACUAAUGAGAAGCUGUGUCGCUCUGUCAGCUAAGCAAAAGGCCUUGUUUCUCCCAUCCUUUUCUAUCUGCAGUGGCUUUCAUGCACACAUCAGGGCAGCUGAGGGCUGAGCUGGGAACAGGGGGAACUCAGUGCUGUUCAGCUGCUGCCCAACAGAAGAAACAAGCUGGCAGGAUAUAAAAUUUCAGCAAGUUAAUCCUGUUCGGAAGUGUUUGCUGAGGAUGUUUUGGUUCCCAGCCCCCGGCAGUGCUGGGGCUCAGGAGCCAGCAGCAGGUACUGCCAAGGGUGCUGCAGCAGCGUGCUCUCCUGUCUGCCAGCCUGCACAGCGCCCUCGUCACUGUAGAGACUGGAGAUUUAUUGAAACCACUGCAAAAUGUAUACUCUUCUGUCACUUUCUUCUUGGAAACAGGACAGAACCACUUCAAACAACAAUGAAACCCUUUUCUUUGCAAUUUAACUAAACUG